GAGAGCAGGAGAGAUAAAAGGCAGCUGGAGAACAUCUGGGAAGGUCAAUGAUAUCAUCGUUCCAGAGUCAAACUUCAGUGCUUCACAGACGGUGCAUUUUCACCAUGAGUGGGUGCCCAUUUUUAGGAAACAACUUUGGAGGGGCUUUUAAAAAAUUAUCCAUAGAAGGCAAUGAAGAAGACAAAUCACAAACCGGUGUGAAUAAAGCCAGCAAAGGAGGACUUAUUUAUGGAAACUACCUGCACUCUUUCUUUUUUUGUUGUUUGUUUUGUUUAAAGUUAGAAAAGGUUUUGAAUGCACAGGAACUUCAAAGUGAAAUAAAAGGAAAUAAAAUCCAUGAUGAACAUCUUUUUAUCAUAACUCAUCAAGCUUAUGAACUCUGGUUUAAGCAAAUCCUCUGGGAAUUAGAUUCUGUUCGAGAGAUCUUUCAGAAUGGCCAUGUCAGGGACGAAAGGAACAUGCUGAAGGUUGUUACUCGGAUGCACCGGGUGGCAGUGAUCCUGAAACUACUAGUACAGCAGUUUUCUGUCCUGGAAACCAUGACGCCCUUGGACUUCAACGACUUCAGAGAGUACUUAUCUCCAGCAUCAGGCUUCCAGAGUUUGCAAUUCCGACUCUUAGAAAACAAGAUAGGUGUCCUUCAGAAUUUGAGGGUCCCUUACAACAGAAGACAUUAUCGUGAUAACUUCAAAGGAGAAGAUAAUGAACUGCUACUUAAGUCGGAGCAAGAGAAAACACUACUGCAGCUAGUGGAGGCAUGGCUGGAAAGAACACCAGGAUUAGAACCACAUGGAUUUAACUUCUGGGGAAAGUUUGAAAACAACAUUGUGAAGGGCCUGGAGGAAGAAUUCACAAGAAUUCAGGCUAAGGAAGAGUCAGAAGAAAAAGAGGAACAAAUGGCUGAGUUUCAGAAACAAAAAGAGGUGUUACUCUCCUUAUUUGAUGAGAAACGUCAUGAACAUCUCUAUAGUAAGGGUGAAAGACGACUGUCAUACAGAGCACUUCAGGGGGCCUUGAUGAUCUAUUUUUACAGGGAAGAGCCUAGAUUCCAGGUGCCCUUUCAGCUGCUGACUUCUCUCAUGGACAUAGACACACUCAUGACUAAGUGGAGAUAUAACCAUGUGUGCAUGGUCCACAGAAUGCUGGGUAGCAAAGCUGGCACUGGUGGGUCUUCUGGCUAUCAGUACCUGCGCUCAACAGUGAGUGACAGAUACAAGGUAUUUGUAGAUUUAUUUAAUCUUUCAACAUAUCUGGUUCCCCGACACUGGAUCCCGAAGAUGAACCCAAGUAUUCAUAAGUUCCUUUACACGGCUGAAUACUGUGACAGCUCUUACUUCAGCAGUGAUGAAUCGGAUUAAAAUAAUCUGCAAAAAUCUAUGAAGACAUCGAUUUCUCAGCCUGUCUUUUUAAAAAUUUUCUAUGAAUUUUCAUGAUACACAAAGAGUCCUACUGUAAUAUAUGUAUAUAUAUAGGUAAGCACUGUGAUGCUCUGACUUAAUCCUGUAAAUAAUUUUAUUAACUCAUUUUUGUGAUAGUAUAAGACUAAACAUUAAGAUAAGAAGUGAAUUCAAUUGAAAGGUAACAUUGUACAUAGAAGAUUUUCCUAUUGAAACUCAGUGUCCCCUUAUACCUUAGUAUAGCCACUUAACACAAUCAUUAUCUCAUUUCAUAAUUUAAUGGGCUUGUAAACUUCAGCUAUUUCAAGUAUUUUAUGGAGUAAAAUGUAUCAUUGUGUACAAAGACUUACACACAAAAAAUUUGAGAAAUAAUAAGAAUCAGUCUCUUUUCCAUA